AUCGAUCGAUGCUGAUUUGAUAUGAAUUUUUUCCUCCCUUGCAUUAAGACUUUUGAACACAGUUAUAUUUAUACUUUAUUCAUGAGACGAUUUUUAAAGAUAUUUCGUAAGUUUGAAAAAAUUUGUUUCGCGAAUCACGAGCACGAUUAUUAUUGAAAAUUAUUACACAUUCGUUGCCAAUAAUAACAUUAUAAGAAGUAAUAUAAAUUACUGAUUUCACAUCUCCUUUUUUUCCUACAAAGUUAUAUUUUUAGAAUAACAAGUGUAUGGUAUGAAAAAUUUGAAUUUUCAGAAAAGCACGACAAUCUACAACAAUAAUCGUGUUCAAUGUUCAUUCAGUCGGCCCGUUAUCUGCGAGAAAGAUGACUCUCGUCGUCAUCUACCAUCUACCUCUUCAUUCUUUAUCUUCUCUCGAAGAAAAGGAGCAGCCGCGGGUGAAAGGGAGCGAAGCGCUCUAUAGAUAUAGAUAAUUAAAAUCAGCGCCGUUGUGUUCUGCUGUCAGCUGAUGAUUUCGCACUUAGGUAUAUAACCUAUAGCGCGAAACGCCUUUUUCGCGAGUAGAAAGAGAGAGAGAGAGAGGGACAGAGAAAGAGUUAUUUUCCAUCGCGAGUGGCGUCGUCGUCGUUGUAUAAAGAAUCGAUGCUCCUUCCCGGGCAACAAAUACUGCAGACUGCUUCGAGAGGUACGUUUUUAGUUCAGUCGUGCAGCGAUCAUGCUACUCGUCGCCAAUAAGCUGGAGCGAAUCGAUCGGAAUAAUAGCGGCCAACGAGCACAUCUCGGCUAAAAUGUCAAAAUCGUUGGCUGGCAACAACGUUUAUUGCAGAAGAAGGAUGUGAUGGCAGAAAUGAAGUUAAAAGCCAAGCAGAAUGGGGUGGACUUGAGUCAAGAGGGUCUGUUCGAACUCCAGUGUAUGAUAAAGGCUAAUGAUAUUCACCAUGCAGCUUGCCGUGAAUUUCGUCACGGACAAUUUCUGGCUUUUGUCUCCGGUGCCUCCGAUCUCGGGCUUUAUUACUUAAAGGAUUCAUCUUCUUUGCCGGUUAUUAAAAAAAUUCCAUGGUUUCAAAGUUCUAGAAAAAAAAUAGCAUGUCUCUGCUUCGAUCCGCUUGGCUCUUGGCUGCUGAUAGCUACCAUCGAUGGUUCACUUUACAUAGUCCCAGCUAAAACUUUGGUUGAUGAGUUUUAUCCAACCGAACAAAAAUGGACAACAAAAGAUGUGACCUCUUAUUCUUCUUUGAAUGCACAAAACUCAUAUUCAAGGCCAAGUGCUAUAGUUUGGUGGCAAGGUAUAUCAUUUUCUGGUCAGAUGGGCAUUGUUGGUACGGAGCAAGGAGAAAUAAUUUUUGUUAAUUUGGAAACUGGUCAGCAAGUUGGUUCCACCAAAACAGAUGGGAAAAUUACUGGGCUUUGCAUUUGUCAAGAUACAGAACUUGACACUGUGAUGUUGUUAAUAACUAAUCACUGCAAGGAACAGUGGCAUUUGGUUUUAGAAAAGCCAGGCAGUAACUAUACUUACCCCUUGAACAAUGGAGGGUCACAGCGAUCAACUAUGCCCACUGAAGAAGCGGAUAAUGAUGAUUCCAAAAGUUUUCCCACUACAAGAUCAAGACUGCGCGGUCUUAAACAACUAUCAGUUGAAAAGCUUGUUAUACUUAAACAGAAACUCGCUGAAACGAGAAAUCGUAAUUUCGAUUCUUCUGGAGCACGACAAGCAACAUUUAAUGUUCUAGAUAACAGCAACCGGGAUAGUAACAGUGAAGCAGGAUCCAAUGAUAAUGAAAAUUCAAACGAGUCUGGCUUUUUUCCUAAUCAACAAUCUGACUCUAUUAAGUGUAGCACUACUCCUAUUGCAUUAUCAAACGAUGCCUAUAUUAUUCCCCAAUGGCUAAAAAACGGUCGAACUAUUUAUACUCGUUAUUUAUCGUCUUUGAAUCAUUUAACUGUUCAUGAACGAAGCUCAUCUGCUAUCCCAUCCCAUGUUCACAAGAUGCCAGAACACUGUGAAAAUAUUCGCUUGACCAGUCGAUUUUUUUAUAUAUCCGAUACAAGACAUCGGUUUGUUUAUGUACUUUCUCGCCCUUUGUCGGAAAUCAGAAAGAAGGAUAAAUCAGAUCUCACCAAGGAUUCAGUGAUUGCUCGCUUUUCUUUUGAUAAAAGCGAGGAAGUUAUUAACAGUAUAUACACUUUAUCUAGUGCAAGAAGUGAUUUCGAUUAUACUUCAGGGAAUAACGAAAAUAGGAUUUAUACUAUAGUAAAAGAUAUAUCUGAUAUUAAAGUUAAGGUACCACCAGUAGACACCUGUAUAGUAGUUACAAAUCUUGGAGUGUAUAAAAUUAUAUUAAGAGAACAAAUUUUAUCACUUUUUAUGGAUCUGAUAUUAAAACGACGGUCAGUCGAAGAUGCUACAAAGCUUGGAUUAAUAUUUGGAUUGAACGUACAAGAAUUAAUUGAGAAUGCUGGAGAUAUGACUUUGUAUAAACGACAAUUCGGCAGAGCAAUGGAGUUAUAUUCGCUUGCGGGAAUUCGUCUUUCAAAAAGUAUUUUAAAAUUUGCAACAAUUGGAUAUACUUCUGAACUAUUAAGUCUUCUUGCAUCGUAUUCAACAACGUCAGCGGUUAAUGAAUUAUCAGAACCAAACAGAAUACAUUUCUCUAAUUUAAGUGUCCUUGCAUUCACUGAGCUUUCAUUGAGAGCGACAUCUGCGCAAAAUAAAGUGGUCUACAAAGAUUUUCUAAACUUCUUAUCUACAAAUACUUUCUACGAUGAACUUUAUGCGAUAAAUAUUGCGAUACAGAAUAACAUGUGGAGUAUUCUUCAUCACUUGAUAGUUCAUAGAGGCUUAGGUCCCCAAGUGCUUGAUGUUCUCAUUAAGGCUCUACCAACACUUAUGUCUAAAAACUCUAACCUUGUACAGUAUCAUAAUACACAUGGCUUGCUAAUGUGUUUAAGUGACUCAAGCUUAAUUCAGGGUAUGCUGAAUAAUCCAAGUACCGCUAGAAACCACAUUUGUUUUGUAUUAGCGAACUUGUCAUCUCUAGAGAUAUUUAUAUUGCAGAGAUUGAUUGCGUUGUAUGAUCCGACAAAUCCUGCUAUUAGACCGUUAGUACUACGCUUCAAGGCUCGGCGAAGAGCUGCAUCGCGCAGUUCUUUCUCCAGUCAAUGUGAUUCGCUAGACUUAUCAGAAGACUUGGAUGAAAUUGGUGUACUUAUAGAAGAGAUAAUAGAAAUAUUUUUACAAACUCUUCUGGCUGUACUUCAUAAAAAACAGCCUAGUGUGAAGUUCAUUUCGAAAUAUGUGCCAUUCACGCAGUUGAAUAAUAUUGAGGGGGGUCAAAGAGAAAGAAACGUUAGUGUAGAUUUUAAGCGAAGAUUAUUGAGCACAGGAUUUGCUCAUACUGCUCUGAUAAGAAAUGGCAAUGUUUACACAUGGGGCAAUUCCUUACAAGGCUGUUUAGGAACCGGUCCGACGAUAUCGCGGUACAGUUCGCCGCAGGGUAUCACCAUAUUUCGCCGCCUAGGAAUCGACGUAUUGUCGAUUUCGUGCGGUCGCUGUCAUACGCUCGCGGUUACUAACAAUGGCGUCUAUGUUUGGGGAGGUAAUAAAUAUGGACAACUUGGUCUGGGUGAAGUACGCGAGUGCCCUAAUCCUGAGCUUAUUACGGCCCUUGCUCAAGAGAUAAUCGUUGAGGCGGUGGCAGGACAACAUCAUUCGGCGGCAAUAACAGCCGAUGGUAGACUCUUCACCUGGGGCUGGGGAGUCCAUGGCCAGCUGGGUCACGGCAACACAGAGGCCAAGCGACAACCAUGUCUCGUAACAGCUCUUCUCGGUGUUGUAGUUAGACAUGUCAGUGCUGGUUACGCGCAUACUGUGGCCCUGUCAGCUGAUGGCUUGGUCUAUGCAUUCGGCUGCAAUCUUUUUGGCCAACUUGGAGUCGGCAAUGACGGCAAGUGCACCAGCCCUAUGAGAGUCAGCCUUUUGCCCGAGAGAAUAACGCUCAUCUCCACCAAGUACUUCCAUAACCUUGCCACAAGCUGCACGAAUCGGCUGUACAUAUGGGGCUCAAACCCGCAAGUUUUGCGGCUGCAGUCGAAGGAGCGAAAGGUCAGAAUGCACAAGGCCAAAGUGGCCGAAGCUCAGGAACGAGAGCUCGCAGCCGCGAGUCUCGCCGACACGCCUGAGGAACAAGAGAACGCUAACGACGCCGGUGAAUCGAGCGAGGCUGGAGCCGCGGCUAUGGUAUCAAACGACACGCCACAGGCCGCAGCGAAAAGCUCCAUUGUUGUCGUGCCCGAGGCGGAGAACGACGAGGAGAGUCAGGCUCAUUUGGUGCCCGCGUGCGUCGAUACGAGCCUCGUUAAGGGGAAAAUUGUUCAGAUAUCGACGGGUUAUCACCACUCGGCACUGCUGACGAAGGACGGUACGAUCUACACUUGGGGCCGCAAUUUGGACGGGCAGCUGGGUACGGGCUAUGGACGCGACGUCGCGAUUCCCACGCCGCUGUCAUACCAACCGCUCGACAUGUUCAAGGAGAAGCUGGAGCGCGCGCGCUACAAGAAGGCCCAGGCCACCGAUGACAAGAACAAUGCCAACAACGGCUCCGAGACUAAUGCCGACAUCAACGCCGCGGAGUUCAACGCCACUGAGAAGGAUCCUAGUUAUUUGAUAAAAGCCGUGAAGAUCUGCUGCGGAAGCAACUUUACGGUUGCCAUUCAGCCAGGUGGAAAUGUGCUGGCGUGGGGUAACAAUAACUUUGCGCAGCUAGGUCGAGCCCCGGCUAAUCCCAAGGAGUCCGAGGAAAAGCUCAUCUUUAAAUUUAAGUCUUCCAAACGCAUUAUUCGCUGCAUCAAUCCUUCGGACCGAUUCAUGGCUAUAGAUAUGACCCCGAGCCAGGUUUCGAAUAUUCCCGCACCUAUUAUUUCUUAUCAAAGCUACGAUGUGACUCCGCUUGCCGGCUCAAUACAACCGCUGAGCUAUAUAGAGCACAGUUUGAGCGACCUGACUCUGCACUAUGCAUUCGAACAGUUUCACGGGUUGUUCAGCACUUUUAAGAUCCUUAACAAGUGCAUCGAGCUAAAAAAUUACCAGGCAUGCGCAAAACUAGAACUUUUAGAGCACAACUUUGUCGAGUCUCUCGUAUAUCAAUUCAAGGCGUUGAAGGAAUGCGACCCGGCAAAUAUGGAAACUUUUUCCAAUGGGCUGUCAACUGAAAGUCUCGCUGAAGACGCAAAGGGCAACGAUGUUCUCCAAGAGAAUAACAAGCUGUUUGAGAAGCAUAUGGAGAGAAAUCUCGUGGAUACUUUGAUGGAGAGCGUGAAGAGGCAAAAAAUGAAAAUGCCGGUCAGCAAAUCUUUAGACAGUUUCCAGGUCAUUGAGCAGGAAUUGCAUACUUUUGACUGUCAAGGUGGUUCCGAGGAGAUGUUCGAAGAUUCAAAGUACGAAGGCAUGUCCAUUGAAAUGGCGCUUGAGGAUGACAAUAAAGAAGACAGGAGUAGCCCGCUUUCGAGCGCGGAGAACAGCAUUUCCCGCGAGGAGGCUGACAAUGAAAACUCUUUGUGCACAAACUAUAACAAAAUGAGCUUAAAUAAUUCAAUGGAAGCCAGGAGUCAAUGUGCCAACGGAAACGCACUGAGUCGUCAGGAAUUACUCGUUAUGCGUCACGCUGUAAAUAUUGUUGAUUUUUAUUUGUACGAAGUUGAAGAGGACGCUUAUGUCCCCACGUAUGAGAUAGCUGCGACUGCUAUUAAUUUCUGGGUGGAGAAUAAAUUUGCUAUAGAAGAGCUAGAAAAAGUUUUUGACAAGUAUAUCAAGAAAGUAUUUUAUGCGCUUGGCCUUCUUCUCUUUGGUCGUUGUGAUUCUCAAAGUAGUUCAACUAUAGAGAAGAAUGAGAAAAAUAUUCGAGUUAAAAAUGCUAGCAAAAUAUUGUCUACUAGCUUUUGUCUAAAAGUUUGUAACUUAAUACUAGAACAAAUCGACGAAGGUAAACCCACGGUAGAAUAUAUAGAAAUGUUGUCGACGACGAUGGCUAAGAAUUAUGGUCCACCGCUCACUGGUUAUCCUGGAACCAGUGACAAUAAAACUCCCGAGCAAAUGAUGGAUGGAAUUAUUAGCACAUUAUCCGCAAAGUAUUAUGAUCCGCGGCCUUUUAUACACAUUAAGGAUCCAGAUAAAGUAUCAGAGCUGUUAAGCGCAGAGGAGGACUCGAUGAUAUUUACGUGCGGCCAUCAAUUCCUCAUUUCCACCUACCAGUCCGAGGCGGUACCUCGAAUGGAGGCAGAGCUUCUCGCGCUGCAGCCGCCCCUACCCUCGACCGUUCAACUCCUCGGCUCAAUCCUGUACCAGUCGUAUAAACCUGAAACGCUUUGCCCACUCUGCUUGUCGCAGGUUCUCAAGGACGCGGGAAAGGACGUCGCGGAUAGGUAAAUCGUAAUGCGAGUUGUUGUUUAUUAAGGUUGCGCAUAUCUCUGCGAUAAUAUUCUGUAAUAACUUACUUACUUUGCCGGCGGAGCCAUAUAUAGUUUUUACUGUUAGUAGCGCACGUAUAACGUUUUGCAAUUUUCAAAAUUUAUAGCGCUUUUUGUCUUUGAGUCAGUAUCGUUUGGUCAGUAUGACGUAGAUUUUAGGGUACUCAUAAGUAACUCUGUCCCGCACUUGUACUAAACCUCUCUUUUUUAAAAGAAAGCUCUUUGCGCAUUUUUGUAUGCUGAUGUAUGGUGGAUCGAAUUCGCGAGUUUAUUUAUUGUACCUGAGCGCAAAGUGCAAUAUUUUUUAUAUGUGUUACAUUUUUGCUUCAAUGAUCUUACGUACAUAUCUAAAUAUUUAAAGCGUACAAUUUAUUUUAAUCUUACGUAAAUAGAAAUAUAUUAUAUGGUUUGGAUUUGAAGCAUAACCAUUAAAAGCAUUCAUUUUGAAAAUUGUAAAAUAUGCAGCCUAACUGACCUGAAUUAACAUUUCAUUGAACUGUAGAAGGUAUCAAGUCAGUUGAAUAUAUAUAUAUAUAAACAAGAAAUUUCACAUCUCUUGAAAAUAUAAAGUUUUUCAGUGUUCUUCGUAACAAGUCACUGAUUGUGGACUUCAGUAUAACGGACUAGUAUAACAGCAUGCAUAACGAGGGUAUGAUUUAGAAGUUCUUUCUUACGACUUAAAUGAAAUCGAUUGGUAGUUUAAUAUCGACUAAUUAUUAUGUUUUCGUGCGCUCUGAUUAGUUAUAGAGAAUAUGGAAAAAAUGUGUUAAGUUAAUUACAGCAAUAGUUUAAAUAGUUUUCGGGUAAUUUACAAUCGACUGAAAUUACUUAAUAAUAGAUUGAUUUAUAUUGUUAUCGCUAUAUAAGGAUUGUAAAUAACAAAUAAAUCGAAGGCGUAACUAUAACGAUGCAACAAAGUAUAAUGUAAAUUUUGUAAAUUUCAUUUAUUGUGUAAAUAAUUUUUACAGUUUGUACUUGGUCAAACUCUCUUAGAAAUGAUGCUAGUCGUGAUUAAUCGAAUUACACACAAAAAAAUAAAUCGAUGUGAAAAAUCUCAACUAUUUAUCAACAAUCAUACAAGAAGUCUAUGUAAUGGUUUUCCAAUAAAUAUUUAUAAUUAGAAAUGAACAGUU